CUGGAGAACCAGCAACCAACAUGCAAAAUACGAGGAGCACCGUUGGUAGCGAGCGAGUCGUCAGUGAGGCGAGUGCGAAGCAGGUACUGCGCCGCCGCGUUCAGGAACGACCAGACGAUGCCGAAUGUGUAACGGUUGACUGCCGCACGACUUGGGACGAACUGCUGCAGCAGAACCCGUGGCUUAUGACACAGUCCGGUCUGGUGGUGAAGCCAGAUCAAUCUAUCAAACGGAGAAAGCAACUGGGACUCAUCCAGCUCAAUGUGGACUUUGAGACUGCAAAGAACUGGAUCCAGGAUAAACUGGGAUCCAGGAUCACGGUUGAUGGUGUGGAGGGCACCCUGAAGCAGUUUAUGAUUGAACCCUACCUCCCCCAUGGAGAAAAUGAAGAGUGCUACCUGUGCAUGUACUCCCACACAGAAUCUCAUGAUGUCGUCCUGUUCCAUCACAAGGGAGGGGUGGAUGUUGGCAACGUGGAUGAGGAGGCUCUUCGCCUGUGUGUGGGAUUGGAAGACGUGCCCCAAGAGCAGAUUAUUCAGGACACAUUGCUGAAGAACGUCCCAAAUACAAAGGCACAAAUGUUGGGCAGUUUCAUUCAGUCUUUCAUCAAGUGUUUCAGAGAGCUACAUUUCACCUACUUGGAGAUCAAUCCACUUGUGGUCACAGAUUCAGAGGUUUAUAUUUUGGAUGUCGCCGCCAAAGUUGACUCCAAGGCAGCACCCCUAUGCAAGGAGUCUUGGGAGCAACUUCAGUAUGCGCCAUCACUGUGCCGAGACCUCUUGCCUGAGGAACUCCAUAUCAGCCAACUUGCCGCAGGAACGCCCUGCUCCAUGAACCUGACCGUGCUGAACAAGACUGGUAGAAUCUGGAGCCUUGUGUUCGGUGGGGGAACAUCUCUGGUCAUCAGUGACACGGCUGCCAAGCUCGGCGUGCGAGACCAAGUGGCCUGCUACACCCAGCACUCCGGCCGGCCGUCGGUGGACCAGAUGUACAGAUUCACCAAGACCAUGAUCAAGUUGAUGACGGAGGUGCCGCAUCCGGAAGGCAAGACGUUUAUGCUAAUAAGCAACGUCAACGACGCCAUCACAGGGAUCAGGCUCUGCAUGGGAAAAAUGCAUGGAAUUGCAAUGGCCCUGCAGGAAGACAAAGAGAAGCUCCAAGCCAACAACAUCUCGCUGUUCAUCCGCCGGUCCACGCUGGCGACGGUGCCCACCGGACAGAUGCCGACCGCGCUGACCGAUCUCGAUGUGCCCGUCCAUGUGUUCUCUGUUGCUACGCCCGUGACACACCUCAUCCAGCGUGCGCUGGGGCUACAUGAUGCUCCAACUUCCACUGAUGAUGUGAAUAUGAUAUACCAGCCACUGUGGCAGCCGCCGACUGAAUCCAACAAAGUCGUUGCCAAGUACGACUCUGAUGAACUCUUCAACGGAGAAACGAGGGUAAUAAUCGUUGGACUGAUGAACGAAGCCGUACAGGGCAUGCUGGAUUUUGACUUUGUCUGUGGGCGGGGAAAGCAGUCAGUUGCUGCCAUUGUAAAUCCAGGCGGUGAAGACAAGGAAGAAAGAUUCUUGUGGGCUGAAGGCCAAGUCACCAUUCCAGUGUACAGCAGCAUAGAGACUGCUCUGUAUAAUCAUCCGGACGCUAGUGUGGUCGUUAACGGUGCUCCUGGGAGGGAGGCCUUUCUGUGCGCUGUCAAGGCGGUCAAGUGCAGUCAUCAGAUUCGCUGUGUUCUGAUGAUAGCAGGCCAUAUCCCAGAUCGACAAACAAGAACUCUGGUUCAGAUGGCUCACAACAAUGGAGUCUUAGUCGUAGGACCCUGCAUGCCAUUGCACAACUUGCAGGUCAACUUCAUCAAGCCGGGCAGCUUCCGAUGCAAUAAGCAUGGCAACAUCGGCGGGCCGAUGGACGAUCUGGUCUCGCUGAGGCUGCACCGGCCGGGCAGCGUGGGACUGGUCACCCGCUCCGGGGGCCUGAGCAUAGAGCUGUUGGUCAGCAUCGCCGGAAACACAGAUGGGCUGUACCAAGGAGUGUCAGUGGGUGGCGGCAAGUACACCGGGACCUCGUUCAUGGAUCAUCUGAUGUCCCUGGAGGCCAACCCAGACGUCAAGAUCUUGCUGCUGCUUGGAGAGUUUGGUGGAUGUGAAGAACAUGACGUCUGUGAGGCUUUGCGCAGCGGCCAGCUCAGCAAGCCCAUGGUCGCCUUCUGCAUCGGCGAGUGCGCAGAAGAAGUGUACACUCGCUUGGUAUCCAAGGGACAACUGGUACCCAAGCCCGAGCCACCGGUACCCAACAUUCCAGCCAACAUGAAGCCACAGAAAGGCAAGAAGUAG